AUGCCUUUACCUCCUUUACCACUUUCUAUGGUUCAUCAACAACCAAAUAUUCCUUCUUCUCAUUCUCAUUCUCAUUCUCAUCCUUCUCAUUCUCAUUCUCAUCCUUCUCAUUCUCAUUCUUCUCAUUCUCAUACUUCUUCAUCUUCUUUAUCUUCUCCUCCAUCUUCAUCUUCAUCAUCUUCAAUGCUUCCACGCAAAAAACGCAAGUUUCUUUGGCGUAAAGAUUCGGUUGAUGAAAUACUCGAUUGGAUGGGUGCAAAUUGUUUACCAGCUAUUCGGUCAGUUACAAAGGAAAUAGCAGAAGCUAUUAAGGAAACUUUUUUCGCAAAGGAAGAUCAAGUCACAGUAGUUGUUAUUCAAACCAAAUUUCAAAACCUUCGCAAACAAUAUAAAGCAGCAGGUGAAAUUCUUAAUGGUCAAAGACCUAUUCCAAACCAUAAUCAUAAUCAAAUUAAUAAUAAUAAUAACAAUAAUAAUAACUCUCAAGAUGACCAACAAGAUCAAAAUACUUUAACCUCUCCUAAAUCUCAACAAGAUUCUCGAAAAGAAGCUGCUUUAAAAGAAUGUCCUUAUUACUUUAAAAUGCAUACUCUUAACCAACGCUAUGAGUCCCAACUUAAAGCUCAAGAUGCUCAUCUUUAUCAGUCCUCUGCACAUCUCCAUCUAUCCCAUGUUAAGCGUAUGGCCAAAGAAGAAGCUGCUUCUCAUCAACAGCAGCAGCAACAGCAACAGCAACAAAAUCAAAAUCAAAAUCAAAAUCAAUACUAUCAACUACCACCUCCAGCUGGUCUUUCCAACUCUAACACUACUUCCACUACUGCCACUACUGCCACUACCAUUUCAUCCUCAUCUUCAUCUUCAACCUCAACCCCAGUCCAGCAACAAAAGCAGCAGCCACAAUCACAGCAACAGCAACAGCAACCAACUACACCUUACAAUUCCAUCCCAGCCUCAGCCACAACUCUCCUCACUGCUGCUCAAACACUUUUACCUCCAUGUCGUCCUCCCAAACGUCCCUACGACGAUUACCAUCCAUCUUCAUGUUUAUCUGCUCCUCCAACACCUUCUGGCACUCCAGCAAGUAUGAGCCAACAACAACAACAACAACAACCUUUACUACCCUCGGUGCACUCGUUUGAUGCACUUAGAAAACAUACUCAACCACCAGCUCAAAAACAUGUUUUACCUCCACUGUCAUCUGGUCCUUCUCCUAAAACUUCUUCUUCUUCUAAUAAUGUUCUCUCACCUCCUCAACAGUCCCGACCUGACCCCGCGUCAACUCCAGUGUCGCCUGCACCAGUCCAGGACCAAUCUGUUCCAUCCAGCCAAUCAUCCUUGUCAUCAUCUUUAUCUUCAUCUUUAUCUUCAUCAUCAUCAUUUUCUUCUUCUUCUUCUUCUUCUUCUUCAUCAUCAAGACCCCAGUCACGUCAAGGAUCACAACAUACUUCUCCUACAUUAAAAGCAUCUGCUCUUGGUGCAGUGUCAGACCCCCCACUAUCAUCUGUACGAGAGACAUCUUACCGAUCAGCCGCCGUGACCUCCAAAGAUCCAGCCGCGGUAGUUUUACCGCCGCUUUAUUCACGAUCCAAUGGACCCUUAGCUCCGUUGAAUUAUCCAACUCAUCCAAGUUCUAUUACACCCAGUUCUGUAGUAGCACACAACCAUCAUCAUCAGCAGCAGCAGCAGCAGCAGCAGCAACAACAACAACUUCAUCAUCAUCAUCAGCAACAGCAACAACUUCAUCAUCAUCAUCAGCAACAGCAACAGCAACAUUAUCAUCAACAACAACAACAGUACCUAUCAAAUAGUUUACCUCCACCUCCUUCUUCGUUAAGCCCCUUGGAAGUAGAAUAUCUUUGGAAUACGGUGCAUUUAUUGCGCAAUGAGGUGCGUGAGUUAAGAGAACGCGUUGACAAGGGUCAGAGUUUUGCCGCGGCUGCUGCUGCAGGCGUGUCUACGAUAGCGGAUGCUGCAGCCGCCGUGAUGGGUGGAGGAGGAGGAGGAGGAGGAGAGAGAGAGAGGGGUGAGUGUUAG